UGGAAUUCUGCUCGUCUCUCCAUUCAAUAUGGCUGAACAGACUUGGCCGGCCUGGCCCGAGUGCACGGUUGACGACGCUGAGACGGGAGAUGAUCUGGUCCAGUACAAGAAACUCAUUGUUGACAAGUACGGCCAAGAAGCCUUGACGAGGAGCUGGCUGAAGACUUGUGAGGAGUUGGAGGCAUUGACCACCCGAGUAUCUCGGCUUGGAACAGCAGCUGUGCCUGUGGUCCAAUUCGAAGAUCUGUUUAUGAUCUCGCAAGAGCGCAAGAGCGAAUUGAAAGCCACAGGUUGUUUCAAAGUUGCCGGCGUCGUGGCAAAGGACCAGGCUACCGAAUGGUUCCGGAAUCUCAAGCAAUAUGUCGCAAUGAACAAGCAGUCCAUCAAAGGCUGGCCGAGGGAGACACCUUUUAUCCUCAACCUCUACUAUUCGCCUUCUCAAAUGGCGGCACGCUCGCACCCGAACAUACUGAAGCUGAGUCGCGAGCUGAACAGCUGGUGGCACAGCUCCGGCGAGGCUGCGACAGAUGAACCUCUGUCGUAUGCCGAUGGGGUACGCAUCCGGCCUCCAGGAGUGCCAUUUCCCGGACUUGGUCCCCAUAUCGACGCAGGUAGCUUGGCAAGAUGGGCGGAUCCAACGUACCAGGCAUACUAUUCCGCAGUAUUCUCGGGACAUCCGGAAGACAUGGACAACUAUGAUCUGAGCCUGCGUCAGAAUGCUGAUCAAGCUGUUUUCUCUGGCACUGCUCAUUCGACAGUGUUCAGAUCCUUUCAAGGCUGGACUGCAUUCAGUCCUGCAGCACCUGGCGAGGGGAGUCUGAUGCUUUACCCCAACGUGAAGUGGCAGACCGCAUACCUGCUGCUCCGGCCGUUCUUUAAACCGCCAGAGGAUCCCGAAGAUGUUCUAGAUGCCUCCAAAUGGACAUUCGAUGCCGAGACUCCCUGGUUUCCUGGCACGUCCAAGGGAGACAGCCAGCUGCUGAGUCCUUCAUCACACCCUCAUCUGCGACUCAAGGAGUGCAUGGUCCCUAUUCCUGCCAUGGAGCCUGGCGAUACAAUCUGGUGGCAUGCUGACAUCUGUCACGCUGUUGAGAUAGACCACAAGGGUAACAACGAAGCCUGCGUGGCGUAUAUUGCCGCCACUCCAUCUACGGAGCAGAAUAAGCGGUAUAUGAAGCAACAGCUACAGGACCUGAAGACUGGAGUUCCGCCACUCGAUUUUCGUCAUAAUGAGUGCGCUAACGAGAGGACCUUUUGUGGAUUCGAGGGUGAAGCUUCUGUCCUCAGCGACGAAGGGAGAAGGGCGCUUGGAUUUGGCUUGGUGUAG